AGGUUACGCUUUGAGUCUGGGUAAAUCCUGCUUCUUGCGCUCAACCAUCCAGAGGAGGCCAGCCGUAUGAACAGCAUGCUGCCUCUGAAGAGCCCUGUCUCACCCCUGGGCUACAGCACAGACUAUCUGAAGUUUAGUAGUGACUACAGACAUGGGGAGGUGGGAGGGGCCAGCAGCGCCAGAGGGAUGCGCUCAGCCUCAGAGCUCCGUGAUUUGAUGGACACCUUACAACGCAAGAAGAUCGCCCUGGAGACAAGCCUGCGAGCCAAUGGGGACGCUAGCCCCUCGUACUUCAGUAUGACACAGUCUCCACCCACCACGUCUGUGACCUCACCCACCUCGAUGUGGUCAGCCUAUCAGGAACAGGCUAGGCGCUUCUACGGCUCUGAUCGUCCUCCUCUCUCUGGCAAAGCUGCCGCCCCUCGCUCCCCCUCUCGGCGCUCUGACCCCCCUUCCUCCCGAACCUCCAUGACCCGGAAACAAUCAUACCAAUCACAGGACAGCCUGCUCAUCUCAACUGGCAAUGGGCGACGCCCACUAAACCCAAACUCCUCCCCCCUGUUGUCGAUGCAGAACUGUGGAGGUUCUUCUAACUCAGUGGCCGGUGGUGAUAACCUCUCCUCUCCUCCACCCUCAUCCCUCUUUCCAACUAGUGGAGCAGCCAGCAUGCCCUCGAGUCCCCGCCUGGGACUACGAAGCCACGGCAACCAUGAGCCGGUGCCUAGCAACCGAACCAGGAAGUACUCUGCAGGGUCUAUAGGCGGCAUAAUGGAAAGUCACAGCUGCUCACUGCCCCGCCUCUGCCCCUCAUCAUCACCUCGUUCCCAUGACAACGGAGCCCUGGCCCUGUUUUCCCUCCCCCUGACCUCUAAUCCUCUACGCAACUCCUCUCACAACAAUAGCCAAAACCACACCACAAACAACAACUACAACCAUAACCAAAUGACUAACUUCACCUACAGCCAUGCCCAAAACAUGAACCGGAACCAAGGAGAGGGGGUGGAAUCCAUCUCUCUCUCCAUCCCUGAAUCUCCCACCCAGGCCCCUCCAGACGUGACCUCACCGUCCCUAUCAGGGGGCUCUUCCAGCCCCGGUGUGGCCAAGAUACUCAGCUUCACCUCCACCAGCUCCACUUCCAGCCUUCAGGAGCCAAAGAGGUCAGCCAGCCGAGGAGCCUCCCCUGGACCAGAGCUCUUUCUGGGGGAGAGGCGGAGAGAGCACAGGGGGGGAAGACUGGAGCCUGGGCUAGGAUUAGAGGAACGAAGGCAGUCAUUUGGAAAGGGAGGGGUGGGGCUGGGGGCGGGGUUGACCCCACCAGGGGGGUUCAGGGUGAGGAGUGGCAGUAUCAGCUCCCUGAGUGGGAAGGAAGAACUGACUGACUACCACCAUCGCCAGAGAGACGAGAGACUACGAGAACAGGAAGUGGAGAGACUGGAACUCCAACGGCUGGAGACCAUCCUGUCUUUGUGUUCAGAGCUGGGGCGAUCGGAGCAGGACAGGGAGAAGAGUGUUGGUUCUAGUCCGAGUACCGGUGCCGGUCUAGCCGAUCUCCAAAAGAUCAACCGGGAACUAGAGAAGCUCCAGGUCUCUGACGACAAAGAGCCAGUAUCCGUCUUCUUCGACUUAACCGUUAACGGAAAUGGUACCGCCUCAGAAAACAAUUAUUAUGGUAAUGACAAGGAGCGUCAGUUUGGACAGCGAUGGAGCAGAGAUCCCCGUGACAACAGGGCGGAAUCACCCGUCGUCACUCUACGAAGCUCUGCCUCCUCGCCCACCCCGCAUCUACCGAGGACCAAUCAGGCGCUGGUGGAGGAGGGACGGCGGAGGAAGGAAGUGACCCGUGUGGAGGAGGAGAGGAUCCAGGUGCUCAACAACAUGGACAAGCUGGAACAGAAGAUCAAAGAACUGGACAACCAGAUGGACGAAUCACUCAGAGAAGUGGAGAUGGAGGGUGCCCUGGUGCAGGCUGAGCAGGAUGCAGAGCUAUCAGCUCUGCAGCAAGAGAGAGAUGCUGUGGAGACACUCGACACCAAGAUGGCCGACAUGGAACAGGCACCGGACCAGAAGCCUCAGGACUCUGAGGUGCUGGAGGCUGAGACGAAGCGUUUUAAGGACCUGGAGGACCAGCAGAUGGAGAGAGAGAGUCAUCAUAAUGAGGAGGAGGAGACAAGCACACAACACCUUCUCAGAGAGAUCGUUGACUAUCAAGUCAGCACCGUCACACGCAAGGGGAGGCUGGUGACCCUGAAGAAGCAGGCGGACCUGAUUACCCAGCAGGCUCAGCGAGAGAAGGAUAGCUUUCUGAAGGAGAGGACCAACCUGCAGAUGAUGCUGCAGAGGGAGAAAGAGAACCAUGCCUCUCUGGAGAGGAAGUAUGCUGACCUCACAGGUGGGCGGCACUUCCCUCUCAGUCCUAUCAGUCUCAAGGAGCACUUCCGUUCGCUGGAGGAGAGGAAGAGGUUAGUGAAAGAAGGCGGGGCCCACCCGAGUGACACGUUACCCAGGAAGAAGACCACUGUCACCCCUCAGUUCAGCUGUGUUACACUGGGACACAGCAUGCUUAACAAGUCCCAGCAGCCCCCGGUGCAGAGUUGUAGCUGUGUCAGUAUUCUACCAAGGGCCAUGUCGGUCUCCAGCAAUACAGAUACACACCGUCUGCACAAGGGUCAGGCCACCCGGUCCAACAUGUACCUGGACAGUGGCAACGGCCAGGCCUACGACACCUUGAGCAUGGACAGCUUGGACUCCAUGGACACCAGCAUCUCUGUCUGCUCACCUGACAACGUAUCCUGUGCCAGCACGUCUAAUGUAACCAGACUGGAGGAGAUGGAGCAUCUACUGAGACAGGCCCAGGAAGAGAAGAACCGCCUCAUAGAACACAAGGAGCAAGAGAUGGAGUCGCGCAAACAGGCUCUGGAGGAGGAGAGGAGGAGGGAGCAUCUGGAGAAACGACUGCAGGAGGAGACCAACAGACGACAGAAACUCGUCGACAGGGAGGUGAAACUACGGGAGAAACAGAGAGCACAGUCCCGUCCUCUGACGCGUUACCUGCCGGUGCGUAAAGAUGAUUUUGACCUGAGGGCCCAUAUAGAGUCAGCAGGCCACAGCGCUGACACGUGUUUCCACCUGUCCCUCACGGAGAAGAUUUGUCGAGGAUUCCUGGUCAAGAUGGGGAGAAAGAUCAAGACCUGGAAGAAACACUGGUUCGUCUUCGACCGCAACCGGCGAACGCUCUCCUAUUUCUCAGACAAGCACGAGGCCAAGCUGAAAGGGGUCAUCUAUUUUCAAGCCAUAGAAGAAGUUUACUACGACCACUUAAAGAAGGCACACAAGAGUCCUAACCCGUGUCUGACGUUCAGUGUGAAGACUCAUGACAGGAUCUACUACAUGCUGGCCCCCUCUCCUGAGGCCAUGAGGAUCUGGAUAGACGUUAUCGUCACCGGGGCCGAGGGAUACACUCAGUUCAUGGUGUAGAAGGUGUGAUGUGGCCAGGGUGGAGGGAUACACUCAGUUCAUGGUGUAGAAGGUGUGAUGUGGCCAGGGUGGAGGGAUACACUGAGUUCAUGGUGUAGAAGGUGUGAUGUGGCCAGGGUGGAGGGAUACACUCAGUUCAUGGUGUAGAAGGUGUGAUGUGGCCAGGGUGGAGGGAUACACUCAGUUCAUGGUGUAGAAGGUGUGAUGUGGCCAGGGUGGAGGAAUACACUCAGUUCAUGGUGUAGAAGGUGUGAUGUGGCCAGGGUGGAGGGAUACACUCAGUUCAUGGUGUAGAAGGUGUGAUGUGGCCAGGGUGGAGGGAUACAUUCAGUUCAUGGUGUAGAAAUGGGUUUCUCAAACUCUGUCCUCGGGACAGCAAAGGGUGCACGUUUUGUUUUUUGCCCUCGUACACAGCUGAUUCAAAUAAUAAACAAAUCAUUAAGCUUUGAAUCAGCUGUGCAGUGUUAGGGGGGGGGGGGGAAUAACAUGCACCCCUUGUGGUCCGGACCGAGUUUGGGAAACGCUGGUGUAGAAGGUGUGAUGCGGCCAGGGCGGAGGGACACGGAGGGACACACUCCGUUAAUGGUGUAGAAGAUGUGAUGCGGCCAGGGCGGAGGGACACACUCCGUUCCGUUAAUGGUGUAGAAGGUGUGAUGCUGCCAGGGCGGAGGGACACACUCCGUUAAUGAUGUAGAAGGUGUGAUGCGACCAAUGAGAAGGGACACAUCCAGUUGACGCUGUAAGAGUGGUGCUUCGGCCAGAGUGGAAGGAUACGACCAGCGUGCGGUUCCGGGGCCAGGACUAGAUCCUCUCUUUUCUCUGUGACUCAAAUGGACGUUUGUUCUUAUUUCUGUAUUUUUUUAUUAUUUUUUUUUAAUUCAAAGGAAGAAUUCUCCAACAGCUGCAUUAACUCUCGCCGGUAACUCUACUGGGAUUGGCCAGUGUUUUUUACGCAUCAUUAUGUUGAAAAAGUGAUUGGUUGUUGAUUAACUAGGAAUGUACAUAGCAACCACAGGAGGUUGGUGACAUAUUAUGAGCCGUCCUCACCCCAGCAGUCUUCACUGAUAGCAACAUGAUGUGCUGUAGUAAACAAGCAAAACAGAACAGUCAUUAAACUUCCUGGUUGUAUAGGGAUCAAGUUACUGAUAUUUACUCAACCCUUAUGUCCUCUGGCUACACUGGAGGACACAACAGAGGUCAAAUCAUCUUUGCAUGGAGUGUCUGGCUAGCCAGGGGUUGAUGGGGUAUUGGGCAUUAACCUUUCUGGGAUAUAAGCCAGGGAAAAUGCAGAGCGCCAAAUUCAAAUAAAUUACAAUAAAAAUCAAACUCAUUAAAUCACCCAUGCAAGAUAGCAAAUUAAAGCUACACUUGUUGUGAAUCCAGCCAACAUGUCAGAUUUCAAAAAGGCUUUUCGGCGAAAGCAAACGAUGCUAUUAUCUGAGGAUAAUAGCACCUCCGUAAACAAAGGGAGAAACCAUAUUUCAAAAAUAUAAUACAUGCCUUACCUUUGACGAGCUUCUUUUGUUGGCACUCCAAUAUGUCCCAUAAAAAUCACAAAUGGUCCUUUUGUUCGAUUAAUUCUGUCGAUAUAUAUCCGAAAUGUCCAUUUAUUUGGCGCGUUUGAUCCAGAAAAACACCGGUUCCAACUUGCGCAACGUGACUACAAAAUAUCUCAAAAGUUACCUGUAAACUUUGCCAAAACAUUUCAAAAUACUUUUUUAAUACAACUAUAGGUAUUUUUUUAAGUAAAUAAUU